AUGGGCGCCCUGCUGGCACCGACACAGCUGUGGCGUCUGGCGGCUCUCCUGGCCGCCGUUCUGCCCGCGCUGACGCUGGCAACCCUGCUGGUGCCCUACUCCGUGGGCGUGGCGCACGGCUCACUGCGCCCGCUGCUACCCACCAUCAGCGAGGCGGGUCUGUGCCCGCUGACGGCUCCGCUGUUCAGUUGGCUGGCCACCGCAACGGCCGCCGCCGGCGCCAUCAGCGCCGUCAGCCUCUGCGCGCUGCUGGAGCGGCGCGGCGAGCCUCCCUGCUGGAGCCGGCUGGUGCUGGCGCUAGGAGUGGUGGGAGCCGGCGCCACGGCGCUGGCCGCCCGCGCGCCGCUCGACCAGUACCUCUCGGUACACCUGUCGGCGGUGGCAGUGCUCGGUCUGACCGGCGGCGCCAUGUGCUGUGUGCUGACCGUGCUCACUCCGCCCAGCCAGCCCCGGCUGAAGGUGCUGCGCUGGGCGCUGCUGGCUACGGCCGCCGCCUUUGUAGCGGCGUUCGCCGGCGUGCACCUGGCCAAGCCGUCCGGCUACCAGGAGCUGCAGCUGCGCGCUGACUCGGCCUGUAAUGUCACGGUGCUGGCCGAGCUCGGCUGGCGGCCCGGCACGGCGCCCUUCACCAUCCAGCUGGUGAUCGCCGCCAGCGAGUGGAGCUGGCUGAUGCUGCUCAGUGUGUUUGUGGCCACAUUCAGCGGCGAGCUGCAGCGCCAGGCGGACGAGCUCACUACGACCGAAAGAUGA